UCCUCCCAUGUCUCCCUCCCAUGUCUCCCUGCAGCCUCUGACGGAUGAAGUGUCCUCCGUCCUGCAGCUGCUGCCACAUCAGUGAAAUGAUACCAUCUGCUGGCUCCUCGCCCCACAUGCACGGUCCUCCUCGUUCAUCUACUUCCGCUCCACUGCGCAUGCUCGUGCGGCGGUUCGCGGUUGCGCCAAUAGGUUUAGGAUGUCGCUAGCAGCCAGUGUAGAUGCUCGGGCUUCUCACAACAAUAACACCGACCAAAUUUGCAUCUCCACGUUCCCGGUUUGAGGAUUUUUUUUUUACUCUUCGAGCGCUGUCGGAAACCGUGCAUUGGACCGCGGCACCGAUCGUCUCCCCGCGUUUCUUCUGGCUACGUCCCCUGCUGACAAUGGGAGCGGAGGGGUUUGCAAAUUUACACGGCUCCUUCUCGCCGGAGCAGAAACAAGAAUCAUGGCCGGCCAGCUAGGCCGCAGAUGGGUUUUGUAGCCAGCAGCGACGGGUCCGUUCAUAUUUAAAUACCGUACGUAGGUCUGGCGCUAGCACGCUAAACGUGGUGCUAAGCAGCCGGUGUUUUAAACCGCACAGCUAUCUUUGUUUUCUGCUUUCCUUUUGAGAGAGAGAGAGGGUGGUGGGGGGGCGCAGCGACACAAGCUAGCGAGCCCGCUAGCUUCACAACCUUGACUGGCUGACGUCUCGCCUUCGUAGUUAGCUCCUGUGGCCGGCUAACGUUAGCUAGCUAGCCUCGCUCGGCCAGCCACCCGCUGGUCAAAAACAUCAGGAAAAGAGAACUCGUUGCUGGGUUUCCCUGUCGUCGUUGUGCGCCCGGCGGGCAUUAGCAUCGCAGAUUCCUCCUGUGGCGACUGCUUCUGGAUGAAUGUGGGACAAAAUGGAGACCCCGACGAUUGUGUACGAUUUGGAUACCUCUGGGGGCUUAAUGGAGCAAAUCCAAACGCUGCUGGCACCUCCGAAGUCCGAGGAGGUCGAGAAGAGGAGUCGGAAGUUGGUGCGAGACGUCCGAAGGAGCGGCAGGGCCACCAACCAUGACACCUGCGAUAGCUGCCGGGAGGGGGGAGACCUGCUGUGCUGCGACCACUGUCCUGCAGCCUUCCACCUCCAGUGCUGUAAUCCACCUCUAAGUGAAGAGAUGCUACCCCCGGGGGAGUGGAUGUGUCACCGCUGCAAUGUCAAAAAAAAGAAGCGAGAGCAGAAGUCGGAACAGACUAACGGCCUGUCAGAGAGGUCCUCGUCGAAGCGCUCUGCUUCCCCAGCCGUGGAGCUGGAGCUCAAUGCUGGCCCUCUGCGGCUAGAUGGCCUGCCCCCGGGGGCCGGAGCGGCGGGACCGGGUUUACGGGUCGCCCAGGUGCGCCUCUUGGACCGCAGGACGAGCAGUAGGCCGAGCAGCCGACCCGGGACGCCCACUUCCAACACUUCAUCCACCCCGACCCCUUCUGAGGAGCAGAAUGACGGGGAGGAGGAGUUACCAGAACCUGAGGAUGAAGUUCAGGGUGUAGAGCUCGACUGUGCUCCGCUAUCUGCUCCAACUCCGCGUCUCCUCAAGAGACCCUUCCAGUUGCUGAUAGCAGCUGCUAUGGAGAGAAACCCCACACAGUUCCAGCUGCCCACUGAGCUCACCUGCACCACUGCACUGCCAGGCAGCAGCAAACGGAGGAGAAAAGAAGAGCUAUUAGGGAAACCAUUCAGGCGGCCUCAGCAUGAACUAGAUCCUAACGGUCUGGUCCCUCUACCAGUCAAAGUCUGCUUUUCAUGCAACAGGAGUUGCAGGAUGGCUCCACUGAUCCAGUGUGAUUAUUGUCCCCUUCUGUUCCACAUGGAUUGUCUGGACCCCCCACUCACAGCUUUACCUGCUGGCAAAUGGAUGUGUCCAAACCACAUUGAGCACCUAGUGCUGAAUCAGAAGAGCUUGACCCUUUCCAGCCGCUGUCAGCUCUUUGACCAGUUCCAGGACAGGAUGUCCCAGCAUGCUGUCAAGUUGGAUUUCCUGCGCAGAGUUCACCGUCAGAACGCGCCUAACCGUCGCACCGCCCUUCACCACAACAGGAAAACCAUCAAGGUGCCAGACGCCAUUAAGUCGCACUACCAGAACCCUCCCCCCAUACUGCUUCCUGCAGGGGUGCACCAGUUGGAGCUGGUUUGUAGUGGCGUUCCAGAUCAUCAGCCCUCAAAGCACCUCACCACGGAUGCCGAACAGCGGGAGUGGCUUCAGGAUGUGAUCGCCCUCCAGUGCAGCAUCAUGCGACACCUGUCCAUCAAACAAAAGGCCUCAUCCCCAGCACCUACCGUGUCAUCGGUUACAUCGUCAGCAGAGACGGAGUCUGAGCUGAAAAUUGGUACUAAAUCAUGUUUAACGUCAGAGGACAAGAAAACUCUGACAUCUUUAGGAAGGACUUUAUCCCCUGACCCCUGCUCUAAACCCUGCAGUACAGCCGACGACCAGCAGCGGGCCACUCUUUCAAGGGACAUCGCAGCAGAGCCGAUUACUUGUAAAUGCAACAUGACAUCAUGUCAGAACUGUAGGAAACCCAACGGACCUCUAGCAGAGGAGCGCCAGCCUCCCAAGGCCAACGGGCCCAUAGACUGUAACAGCUCGUCAGACCCCUGCAGGCAGGUGGAGCUGCAGUGCAGAACAAAGCUCAGCGCAACACCCGCAGACUCAGCUCCUACCUCUGGUCUGGUGAACCACAUAGGUGGUGAAACGGUUAAAAAGGAGCCUGAAAGCACCACAGUCGCCUGCGCCCAGAAAAACUGCCCCCCUGCCCCAACGAUAUGGCCCCAUAACAGCCAGCAAAACCACAGGAAUCAGACGGCGCUCCAGGAGGCGUGUAUGACCAGCAACAAAAAACCCUCCUUCUCCAUCACCAGCAGUGCCCGCUCUGACACACCACUUAAAGGCAAUCAGGAGCAUGACUCCACCAAGCUAGGAUCAUCGUCGCCCACUCCAGACGUGAAGGCUGGACCUGGAACUGACUCAUCGCUGCCCAGCACUUUCCCCACAUUUGCUGACCUGUCGAGCUGUAUGAAAGAUGGAAAGGACGAUGAUGGAGGGAUCAUGCUUGACAAACUGGAUGCAGAGAUGAUCAAGCUCUUGGCCUGGCAGAGGAUCCAGCAGCUGUUCCCUCCCAAAGCGCCCAGCGCUCUGCUCACCUCAGCGACCAGCGAUGCUCCCAAAACCCCACCCCCCCAUUCUGACAGUCAGAAGAAGGUGCAGGCCCGAGCUGUCUUCUAUCCUCUGACAGGGAAAGGAGGAGCUGUCAGCAUGUGCUAUAGGACAUUAUACAUAGGAUCUGGUGCUGACAUGGAUGUGUGCCUUACAAACUAUGGUCAUUGCAACUACGUAUCUGGGAAACAUGCCUGUAUUUUCUACGAUGAGAAUACCAAGCAUUAUGAGCUGCUCAACUACAGUGAGCACGGCACCACCGUGGACAAUGUUCUGUACUCGUGUGACUUCUCUGAGAAGGUCUCACCAUCUGUACCCAGCGGCCUGGUGGCCAAGGUCCAAGGCAUCAUUCGUCGCAGUAAGAAGCGUGAGGAGGGCGAGGGUCCCAGCUCUGUGGUGGGUCUGCUGCCAGCUGGUGGAGUGAUGAGCAGCCAGUCUCAGGGCUGCUCUGAGCUGUCAUGCACGUGUAAGGCGAGCAGCUCCAGCCUGAUUGGAGGCAGUGGGGCAGGGUGGGAGGGCACGGCCCUGCUCCAUCACGGGAGCUACAUUAAACUGGGCUGCCUCCAGUUUGUCUUCAGCAUCACCGAGUUUGCGAGUAAGCAGCCCAAAGAGGAGCCGACCGCCACAUCUGCCAGCAGCUGCGCUGGCACCACCAGCAGCGGUACUGCAGCUGCCACCAACACGGCCACCAACUCCACCUCCACACCACCACUGCCCAGCACUGCCACAGUGAGCAGCCCUUCCAGCCAGGAAGAGGCUGACACUUUGACUGUCCCUCCCCACCAAGUGCCCGUACUGCACUCCAACUCUGUUCCGUAACCCGCACAGGAAGUCCUGCCCUCCCGCCUUUUGUUUUGCACCUUCCUAGUCACAAUGAAGGGAAAGCUGCACAGCUGGUUGGUCAACAGGGAAAAGUUUUUUUUUUUAUUUUGUUGUCAUUUUUAAUAGUUUAUAUCUUUGCAUGAACUUGAAGUAUUAUUGACAAUCUCCUCUGUUUUUGAAUGACUGACAGUAACCUUCUGUUCACUUCAGACCAUUAGGAGUUUGAGCAACAUUAUUUACCUAUGCUCAAUUUUUCUUUUGCCAGUAUAUUAGUUAUGUAUGGUGUAACAUGACUCUGUCAGUCAUCCCAUUUAGCACAAACCCUUUAUUUUGUAGUAUUGAAUUCCAUACAUUCUAAUUUCUUUUGCUGCUUUUGCACCACAGGUAGCUAUAUAUGUAUGAAAACAUACAUGCUUAUACACUAUGAUAUGUAUAUAUAAUGUAAAUAUAUAUAUAAUUCAGUGCCUCUCAGUUGGAGAAACAUUGGAUUUCAUGUAGAUUACCAUUUUUUGGUUUUUAACUGUACAGUUCAUGGAAUUUGUGAUACUGUGUAGAGUACCUGAAGUUUUGUGAUAAAACUUGUUCCUAGUCUGUAUUUUUCGCUGUAGUCCGUCUGUAAAUACCACAUUGUUUUAGCACUCAUUUUAACAUCUUGUGCUGCUCUGUAUAUAAGCACUCUUUGUCUGUAUCUGCUUGUCUGUUCAAACCUGUAAAUACAGAAAGAUUUUCUAAGAACAAA